AGGUGGUAUAAACUUUUUUUAUUCAGGUUUUUCACGUGACGUCAGUGCAAAACCUAAUUAGGAGGACAUCUUUCAGGACUUUAUCCGCUUUGAUUUUUUUGUUUAAAGAUGUCUUCUGAAUUCAUAUCGGGUUGUGAGUCACGUUUUGGCAAGAGGUAGGCCUAUGAUGUUCUCAUGUCAUAUUCCUGGUCUGGCCCUACGACUUUGUGGAAACUAUGGUUUUCUGCUUGCAAAAAGGAGGAUCAAGCGAGUGCCGCCGAAAACUUCGUGUUGUGUGUAAGUCAGUCCAGUCUGGUGACAUGAUAGCUACAUUUGGAAACCUCAUAGACCCGAACGUCCGAAAAAUCCCAUUGUCGUCACGGCACUAAACUAAAACACACGUCUUUGUUUUUGUCUAAUCUCAACCCAAGUCGUCAUCAAGCAAACAAACUUCAGACACCCAGAAGACGGGCCUACUUCAAGUGUUCCUUGCCCUAUGCUUCAAGUUGUAUCAAAGAAGCCUAAAUCAAUAAUCAUUGAACAGAUGAACGCAUUAACUGUUGUUGCAGAUGUACAAGUAUUGACCCAGUUCCAUGAAUCCUGUGGAGCUGAACCGACCACCACCACUGCUCAAUACGGCUGCUUUUUGUGUGUUGUUCGCGCCGCCGUCAUCCACGCGACUAGCCUUUUGGAAGUGCACGGCAGGGCGUUAGCAACGGUUGGUCCGUGGAUGGAAGGCAUUGAGUUGGUGCUACACCGGCCAUUUUGAUGGUACAUUGACAACCAAGGCGUGCAAAAAGAAGUUGUUGUUUACAUAGCUGAACUUCAUAUUUUCAGACGUGUGGUAACAUGCUACUGAAGGAAAUCCAUCUGAAGCACCCUUGAGGACGUGUAGAAAGGGUAGUUUUGCGGUAAUUUUACUCGUGAAUGAUGAACAAUAACGACGAUUCGGACUACACGAACUCGCCGUCGUCUAUAAAGGAUGGGACGGGGUAUUUUGCUGACACUCCGGGGGGCUCAAAUUCAUCGACGUCGGUGACCACCGCUCGCGAUGCGUACGCAAAGAAGAGGUUUUUCUCCGGACUUUCUUACGACUCGAGUCGGAGUAACCUCAACUCAGCUCCAGAUUCCUUGGCGGAUGACUGGGACUUGGAGGAUGGUAACCUGGAACAAGUUAAUGUUGUCGUAAGGGUUCGACCGGUGAGUGAUGCAGAGAAGAAAAGGACGGAUAAAGAUUGCGUCAAAAUCCAGCACAAUUCAUCCUCAAUAACGUUGGAGACUCCGGAGAAGUCCAAAACUUUUACAUUCAGCGCAGUCUUCGACCAGGACACGACGCAGGGAGAGGUACUGGAGAAAUGCGGUAUUAAGCAGAUGAUUGAGAUGGCGGUAGACGGGUACGCAUGUACAACAUUUGCGUACGGGCAGACCGGAUCCGGGAAAACGUACACAAUCACGGGACCCAUCAACCAGGAUGCUUUAAGGCAGACAGAGUAUACCUAUGGACUUAUACAGCGUUCCUUCGUUCAUCUCUUCGACGUCCUAGGUCAGAGGUCAGGAUCUAAUGUUAACUACACUCUCAGUGCUUCCUAUUUGGAGAUAUACAAUGAACAGGUAAAAGAUUUACUGAACCCAUCCGGACGAGACUCACUGCCGGUCCGAUGGUCCAAAGAUAAGGGAUUCUAUGUUGAGAAUCUAUUCAUUGUAGACUGCGAGACAUUGGACGAUCUAUUAGCCAUCUUAGAAGAAGGUAUGGGCCAGAGACAGAUAGCAACAAAUAACAUCAAUGAAUACUCUAGCAGAAGUCACACAAUUGUGUCAUUACAGAUUGACUGCGAAAUGCCCGAUCCAGAAGAAGAGAGCCUAUACAUCACCAAGCAUGGUCGUCUCAGCUUUGUCGAUCUCGCCGGCAGUGAGAAGGUGAAAGAGUUGGGUAACUCAUCGGGAGAGUUACUCACCGAGACAACCAAUAUCAACAAGAGUUUGUUGACCCUCGGGAAUUGUAUAUCAGCAUUGAGCGAUAACCGGAAGCGUUCAGGUCAUAUACCAUACAGGGACAGUAAACUGACUAAGCUUCUAGCAGAUAGUCUGGGUGGCAAUGGCAUCACACUAAUGAUUGCGUGUAUCACCCCUUCCUCAUACUGUAUAUCUGAAUCGUUGAGCACGUUACGCUACGCCAACCGUGCCAAGAGAAUAAAGAACAAACCAGUCAUCAGAAUGGAUCCCAGGGAGAAACUUAUCCUCAGCCUCAAGAGAGAAGUCAAACUUCUACGCAACGAAAACAGCUACCUCAAAAAUCGUCUAGAAUUCCCAAGCCCCAUCAAGCCGUCCCCAAUGAGGAGGAACGACACAGAGGACAGCCUCUCCAUUCAUACCUUCUCGGAAGACGAUCUGUCGGGGAAUCGGACUCCGAUUCCUGGAGAUUUCGAUCGCUCUAAGGGAGAGUCCAAGACGCCGUUGCAAAAAGACAACAGGAAGGAGCGAGAGUUAAAGAGGAGAGAAACCGACAGCAGCAUUAUGUCAUCCUUCACACCCAAGUCAGCGGCGGACAGCAGCCUCUAUGAGAUGCUACAGGAGUACAUGGUGGAGAAUGAAACCCUAAGAUCUGAGAACUCAGACCUUCACAACGGCAGAGAGAGAGCAAUGUCUGAACAUCACUACCUAUCCAAAGAAAACGAUAAACUCCUCACCAAGCUGGACCAGUUGGAAAGAGUCUUUGCAGCGUCCCCACUCUCAAUGAACCGCACAAUGUCAGGGAAGUCUGUGGCGACACCAGCGGCAGCCCAAGGUAGAUCUCAGAACUCCAAUGCCUCACCAUCCUCACAGCAAGACCAGCAACGGAAUAGUUCACAAAGUAGUUCAUUACUUCAGUCACCAGAUUGGCAGCAGGGUACCAAGGGUACAAAGCCCUCAGUCGGUGGCAGCGGUGGGACGGACCGACACUCCUCUGGUAGUCAGGAACAGACUGGACAGCUUCCUCCAGUUGACAACAAAAGAGGUGUCCCCAAUGGUUACCGCGGCCCCAAACCACACCACUACACCCCUCCUCAACCAUCAUAUCGACCCUCCUCCCCGCCUCUUCAAUACCACUCCCAACCAGUCAAUCAGCAUCACUCAUCACAGCAGCCACUGCCACAGACGCACCAGAGUUUUCCUGGUAAUUUUAAAGUGGGUGAGAACCAGGGAUAUAGCGGAGGUCCGGGUGGAUCACGACCCGGCAAGCCCCAGCAUAGUCACCCACCCACGCAGAGUGGGUAUAAAAACCAAAAUGACUACGGAAAUGUUCCAGAUACCAGUCUGAGUUUCCCUCCCGCUAACAGCCACCAUAGUCAACCUUCAGUCAACUCUGCACACUCCUUGCCGGGCGAGCCCUCCCCAAGGGGCGUGGCUAACCCAAGGGGUAGAGAGGGGCCCCCAUUAGGAGAGACGACAACUCGGGGUAGAGCCCAUCAUACAGCUGAUAUAUAUAUUCCGUCCUUACCGACUACUUCCAAAGAAAAUCAUAGAGAUCCAGUAGGAAUGAAGAUUGAGCAGGCCAGCCCACAACGAGACGGCACCCAGCAGAAUAACAAACUAAAGAACUCACCCGCAAAAAGGGUCGCCAAACCAGCAGCGGGUACGACUGCACCCUCUCAGGGUGUGACUGGGUACAGUAAUAGGAAUAAGAAGAAUGCCUGGGGACAGGGCGGCAAGAGUGGCGGGAAACCAGCUACUAAGACGCAACAAGGCGGUGAGGCCCCGACCAAUGAGCAACGUUUGAACUCAAUUCCUCACACGCCCGCUGUUACACCGCCUCCCGUUAAAUACAAGCCCCAGGGAACCACUGAUCUGUUCUCUGGAGACAAGAGUGGGCCGCCCCCAGAUCCAGAAUCGUUACUAGAGAUCAACCAGAAGCUGAGGCAAGAGUUGCUGACCUUAGAUGGAGAGAUAGAGUACAUGAAAUAUGUGAAUAAAGCAAAGAAUAAUAUACCGACGACAAAAGUCAAAGGGAAACGGAGGUAGUACAAGAGCAUCCUCAUUUGCUGAAAUGCAAUGCAGUUAUAGUUCAGCUCAAGAUAUCAUCACCAAUGCUUCCUAACACUCUAUGACGACAAAGGUCAAAGGGAAACAGAGGUAUACAAGAACAUCCUCAUAUGCAGUUAUAGUACAGCUUAAGAUAUCAUCACCAAUGCUUCCUAACACUCUAUGACGACAAAGGUCAAAGGGAAACAGAGGUAUACAAGAACAUCCUCAUAUGCAGUAAUAGUACAGCUCAAGAUAUCAUCACCAAUGCUUCCUAACACUCUAUGACGACAAAGGUCAAAGGGAAACAGAGGUAUACAAGAACAUCGUCAUAUGCAGUAAUAGUACAGCUUGUGAUAUCAUGACCAAUGCUUCCUUGACACUCCAGGAAAGCUGUGGUGUACAGCUAUGAGGGAUGACGCUGGCUUAUGAUCGAGCUUGUCUGAGAUGUUGGGAGCUCUUGAUAGCUUACUGAAUAAAGGCACUGAUGACCAGGUGCAGGUUUGAAAAGUCUUUGAACGAGCAGCUAAGAGGGCAACAAUUUGCAAAAUGUGUUGGACAAGGUCAGGCAUUUUCUCCUUGGUAAAGGGCACCCUAUGAGGAAAUUUGAAAUUUCUAUUGGAGCAUUUCAAGGGCACCAAUGCGAAGACCAGGGGACAUGGAGGCAAUCGCCUUUGUUGCCUCCGUGAUAGUUCAGGCUUGUGGAAGGUGGUAUUCUGAGCAGACUAACUGAAGUGCUAAUUCAGCAGCUCUACCUGAGCAGUUUUGAUGUCUAGCAUUCAAAGUCAUCGCCAAGCAGGCUAGGCCAGCAAACGGAGCCUUGAAGCAGACAUAGCAAUGUCCGACGCAAUAGACCGAUCCAUUAGGCUCUGCCCACGACACACAGGUGAGCAAGAACACGUGAGCCUCUCCAAUGCCUUUCUGCACAACUCUGCCACGCAAACCAAGCAUACGCUCUUGCAUGUCAGACUUUUUUUGUCCGACCUUCGUUGCGCUGUGAUUGGUCAAUACGGAAUGGGACGGAGCUUAAUGGAUCGGUCUAUUCGCCAAAGAACGUCGCUUGAAACAUCAGCUGAUGAAGUUUCACUGGACCCAACAUUGGGAUGUUUUCACUAAGUGCUUCCGAUCAAAGUAAAAUAUCAGGCGAACAGACCCAGAAGCUGUGAUCGUUUCAGUACAAAGACAACCUCUGUCACACUACGGUUCCAAAAGUCUUUGGAGAAGUUUGGAAGUAUGUCUUCACAGUCGAGACAAUAAAACAGAUUUUGGCUUAUUACUAAGCGGGUUUGCCAGUUUCUUGCUCUUCAUCAAGCAAAGCCAGUCAGCUCACUGUUCAACGAUCUGCUGAAUUUGUUGCCUUCUGUCAGGUGACAACACCUUUGUUCGUGGGUGUACGUGGUCUUAAUCUGAAGCCGAUAAGAUGUUUUUCUUGCAAUGAGUUCUACAUUAUAUGGAAAGGUUUGCGGUAACACCAUGUAAUGACUAUCUCUUAAUGAGUUGGAGUGGUUCUGAAAAGAACCGUUGGUAGAACCGUUGGUUUCAACUCGACACUUCGAUCAGUAUGCUCUGAUCAUUUUCUGGAUUCUACAUUGGUAUGAUUAAACUGUCAAGAUGAACCGACAGAAGAGAAUUUUAAAUUUGGCUAAAAGUUCACGCCAACAACAACCUGUGAACAACUGAUCAGAAAAACAACACUUUGCCCAGAGGUUUUGUUACCGAUACCAUGGUAUUAUUUUUUAUUUUUUACUUCUUGUACAUAAUUAAUUUUCUGUUCAUAAUUUUGUGUGCAAUAUGGUUUCACUUCUCAAUACCCCCGACUUCCAAUUCGCCAAUGAAUUAUUGUUAAAAUAUUCAUAAAAAGUGCUUCCUUUCUGAAAACAAAUAAUAAUUGGAAAUUUUUUGUUCACAUCGGUUCUUCCUCGGACAAGAACAAAAAAACGGAUAAAAGUUGGGCACAUAAUUAUUAUUUCAUUAAUAGGACUCUAAAUACUACCCGCAUAAAGUAUUUCAGUUUCACAUCUGUUUGGUUCCUUAAUGGGUGUUGGUUCGAAUCCUGUUGUGACUUUAAAAAAAAAUAUUACAAAAUUUGACAAGAGACUUACCUCACAUCACCAGUGUGGGCUCUAAAUCCCAAUUCAGUCUACCAAGGGUGAGCGAUUCAACCAAGUUAUUCAAGAGGCGCUUUGAUACUAAACUUGAAAGUGUCUAAUAAAAUAUGCCAGUCAAUAUUAAUAUUAUUUAUUGAAGAAAAGGAAUUCAUAAACUGAAAGUUUAAACUGUUAAUUUGUAGGGGCAAAUUCCUUGUACUAUAAGAUAAUUAGAUUUUCCUUUAAACAAUGUACAUUGUAUUGUAAAUUAAAAAAUGCCUUAUUGUUAAAACAAAACUUCUUAAAGCGUAAUUUUUUUAAACCUUGUAAAUAGGUCAAACAAGUUGUAUAUAGAGGUGUUUUUCUCUCUUAUAAUGUGACUAUAUUCAAAGAGAGUUUGAAAUAUUAUUAUUUAUUUUGGGUCAUUAUGAAUUGAAGUUUGCCAUUGACAGAGCAUCACAUUUUUUAUUACAGGAGCGAUUCCUGGAAGAUUCCUGGAAAAACAUAAACAAUCCCCAACUGAAA